AUUCUUCUUCUAACUUUCUUACUCUUCCAAGAAUAGCAUUUUAUCCUUCUCAGAAAAACAAACAAACAAACAAACAAAUUUUUUUUUAAAAAGUUUCUCAUAAAACCUCUGUUUUCUUGUUUCCUCAGAGAGAUGUAAUAUUUUUUUUUUGUGUUAUUUCUUAUGCUUCUGGGAAACAUUUAAUGGAACUUUAACUUCCUUUUUUUGGAACUUUAACUUGAUUCCAAGGCUUCCUCUUUUAUUCUCUUUUAUUGAAGGGAAACACAAAGAAAGAAGAUUAAAAACCAUUGGAGCUAUGGCUGUUGAAGAGACAGAGAAGAAGAAAGAAAGCAAAGAGGAUCAAGAAGAGAUAGAGCUUCACAGGAACGACUUAGGCCUCGAACAUUCAUCAUCAUCAGGUGUACUUGGAAUCACCGUUAUGAUGGAUUCAGAUGCAGACAAUAGCAGCACUUAUUACAGUACUUGCAGCUCUUGCUCCCCUGACCAUGAAUCAUCAUCAUCAUCAUCAUUAUCAUUAUCCUCUCCAUUUUCGAAUACUCAAAAUAAAAACGUUCCGUCUUCCUACCACCAGUCUGCCUACCACGGUGGUCUUCAAUGGAACAAAAUGAUCGAAUCCAUCAAGAAGAAGUCCAUAAGAAGAUUCACCGUCCUUCCUCUCCUCGCAAGUUACGAAUUAACUCGUAAAAACUUGCGCCGCAAGCAACCAAAGUUCCCUUUCCCUCCCUCUGAGAAUGGCUUCCUCUGUGAACGUUACUUCAUGCCCAAACCUUCUUGGCGAAACUUCACCUACGAAGAGCUCGCUGCAGCCACCGACGAUUUCAAUCCCGAGAAUAUGAUUGGGAAGGGAGGACAUGCGGAGGUAUACAAAGGGGUAUUGCCUGAUGGUGAAACGGUGGCGAUCAAGAAGCUGAUGAGUCACGCAAAGGAGGAAGAAGAGAGAGUGAGUGACUUCCUUUCAGAGCUAGGUAUAAUCGCACAUGUAAACCAUCCAAACGCAGCUAGGCUACGCGGUUUCAGCAGUGAUCGUGGUUUGCAUUUUGUGCUUGAGUAUGCUCCCCAUGGCAGCCUCGCUGCUAAGCUCUUUGGAUCAGAGGAGUGUCUUGAGUGGAAGAUAAGGUAUAAAGUGGCUUUAGGUAUAGCUGAUGGUCUAAGUUAUCUUCACCAUGUUUGCCCUAGACGGAUCAUUCACCGUGACAUCAAAGCUUCUAACAUAUUGCUCAGCCGAGAUUACGAUGCUCAGAUUUCGGAUUUUGGACUUGCAAAAUGGCUACCAGAGAACUGGCCUCAUCACGUUGUGUUCCCCAUCGAAGGAACAUUCGGAUAUAUGGCUCCAGAAUACUUCAUACACGGCAUCGUUGAUGAGAAGAUCGACGUGUUUGCCUUUGGUGUGUUGCUUUUAGAGAUCAUAACCAGUCGUAGAGCUGUUGACACAGCCAGCCGGCAGAGCAUCGUUGCAUGGGCAAAACCUUUUCUGGAGAAGAACAGUGUUGAGGACAUUGUGGAUCCUCGGCUAGGAAAUGAGUUUGAUCCAACAGAGAUGAAACGAGUGAUGUUAACAGCUUCGAUGUGCAUACAUCAUAUAGCCACAAUGCGACCUGACAUGAACCGGGUGGUGCAGCUGUUGCGUGGGGAGGACGGGACAGGUGAGAUACAGAAGAAGCCAGGUCAAGGAGGGGCGGUGAUAGUGAAUGCAUGCGAUCUACAGGAUCACACCUCCUCCUCUUACCUCAACGAACUCAUCCGCCACAGGCAACUCCUCAUGGAGUGAGUUAGAAACAAUCAAAUCAUAUUUAAUUUGAUCUCUAAUAACAAAUGUGUUUAUACUUCCACUUUAGUCCCCCCUUCUCUUUGACUUUUUUUACUUAACUGAGUUUUGAUUUUUAUUUUAUUCAACCAAAACUGUGAAUAUCAUCAUCAACAUGUGUCUUCUAUGUUGUUCUACUGAACUUUGUUAA